AUGAAAAUUUUCUUGAACCUUCUUCUGCUCAUUCUCAUUCUGGAGGUUGAGGGAGGGAUUCCACACACUUCUCAGCGGAUUCGAAGAAAGAUCUACAUGAACGACGAAUCUGAGUUCUUUGCCAUGGCUGACAAACUCGAGGAAGAGAGAUUCAGAAAAAGGGAAAAAGAAGAACAGGAGAGAUUGUUGAAAACCGAAGCCGCCGAAGCCGCUGAGAGAAAGUCGUGGGGACCUAUCAAGCGAUGUCUUUUUAUCAUUGGAUGUCUUGUUUUCGUGUUUGUGGUCAUCAUCUUCGCCUACGGUAACAGACUUCAAAUCGAGUGCAAAAUGCUUGGGUAUGGCCACCUUUGGACUGUCUUCCGUCGUUUCUGUUCCGGCACCAACGGGUUCACCCGAGAGCUCAACCACCAAAUCGAGGACAACCAGGAUGGUAACCGCAUUGAGCUUGAUGAGCAUCCAUUCCUGGAGCGCUACUGA